AUCUGACAGCUGCUGCUCUGGAAUAGAUGCACUUGUUGAAUCAGGUCCCAUUCAGCCGGGGGGCACAGGUUGUGUGCUAAGUCAUCUCAAAUCUAUGACGGAUCCCUCGUAAAUGAAAACGCACUAAAAGCGACCGGACUACAUCGAUUUUAUAACCUCACGUCACCGCGAGCUGCAUUGCCAGCAGGACAGGUGUUUUGAUGUCUGCACAGCGAUUGUCUCUCUGGUCAUGCGUGCGUACUGCCCUGAGCUGCGGGGCUCUCAUGCUGGCUGCUCUGCCAGGCUUCACCACAGGCAAGAACUGCUCCCAUCCUCUCGUAUCCGAGCAUGGAGGUUUCCGCUGUGAACCCUCUCCCUGUCGCGGUUUCCCUCAAAAGAGCGUCAUUAGCUUUUUCUGCGAGCCCAGCUAUAUUCUACCCAAACCCCACCAUCGGUCAAAGUGUCAGCACGGGAAAUGGCAUCCCGCAGUGCCCGUCUGCAUGCCCCGCUCAGAAAACAUAGUCAACUCUAUCCCAAGUGUGGCUACGACUGCUAUUGGAGUGUCCAUCUUCCUUCUCACCACAACGGCCUGUUUGGUCAUCAAAUCCCAUCUAUUCUCCUGUAGGACGCAACGGCGUUCCUCGGAUCAGCUGGACCUCGUUGUAGACGGCUUACCUGUGUCUCUUCCCACAUACGAGGAGGCCAUCUACAGCAGUUGGGGCCAGCGACUCCCUCCGUUUCGUGGACCCACUCAACUCCUGCUGACCCAGGAUGCAUCAGAACACAGUCCGCUGACAUCGCUCAUACGCCCCGAUUCGAAUCACUGCACCGACGCAGCCAAUCAGAGCACGGAGACUCCACCGCCUCCUUACGAAGAGGUCCAAUCGCGAUCCAGAGAUGCUGAGAACGACAGUGGCGAGCGGCCUUUGCAAAGUGCACUUUCUGUUGAUAAAACCAACUAAUUACUGGACGUCAAUGAACUCACCCUUAGCUUUUUGAUUGUUUGUUUUCUUGCACAGGAGUCCUUGUGACUUUUCUUUCUGCCUUCGAUUGUGGACCUUCUUUGGCUUAAAUACCAGUUAAGAACUGGUGUAGAUGUUUUCGCAGUGACCUUAUUGGUCAGAUAUGUUUUGUUUUCCUGGGUAAUGCGCUUCGAUAUUGAUUGUCAAUGUUUUCACUGACCAGCUGGAGACGUGGCUACCAUGUCCCCUCUAUGAGGGGAAACCAGGUGUUUUAAGGGGACUUUUAUGAUUACUGAAUGACUUUUAUUUAAUGUAGUGCAGUCAUUCCUGUAAAAAUGAAAUGCUGUGUAGUUACAGUUUCAGGGUUAUGACUUGAGAUUUAGCAUGGAAAGAAUAUGAUUUCACCUCAUUCAGUGUUUAUAGCAUUUAGAUUGGCUGAAUGUAAUAACUGGGUUGAGAUUGUGCUUGAUGACUGAUGGAUGUAGUAUAUAUGAUUUUAUUAUAAUUGCUUCCACCUGAACAGAUUUCUGUUAAUUAUUGCGUCAACAUAGAACAGGGGAAAAAACACUUGAAGUAUGCUUGCUGAAUGGGCUUUGAAUGUUUUGUGUAUUAUUUUCGUUUUAUAUGUAACAUUUACAUCAUCUUGUAUAUAAUUCUGCAGUAUAUGUAAAUGUAAUAAAUUUUUAACUUUAUGAAAUAUUUGCUAUUAAAAAUUAUUUUAAAUCUUUA